AUGAUUGCAUACGACCAGCUCGAGUCACCGGGAAACAUGAUCAUCGAUCUUGAGAAUCCAUCGCUGCUCGUCAUGGAAAAGUCUGGCGCAUUCGGAAAACCCCACCCAGCUACCGAGGAGGAGAUUCGGGAUAUUAUCCACCGGUUUGUCCAUGUAGCCGUCUACCUGCAAAAGUCUGUGCAUGAUGGUGUCCAGCUGCAUUCCGCCCAUGGCUAUCCGUCAAGCACUCCCGGGAUCUCGGCUUUAUCAUUGGAAUCAAAAUUAACUCGGUGGAAUUCCAAGAACAUGGAUUUACCCCCGAGGAGUCGAAGGAACUAUCGAACCCGCAGAUAUGUGACCGGAGGAUUUUGCACAGCGUCCGGAAUGGUCCAGGCACUGGAAACAGUUGAUGGCGUCGGUCUUGGCCGGCGCAAUCCAGCAGAAGAUCGAUCCCCAGAACUUUUCAAGACAAGCCCUGCUGGUGGUGUACGGAUGCUGCGGAUCGCAAAAGACGAAGAACCGAUUGACUUGAGCAACGAUGCUAACAUGGAAGUUUUCAUGAAAGGCCCUAGGGAAUGGGCGCAGCAGAUGCAGAAAGACGGGGCUGCAAUGAACAUGUACGGUUAUGCCCAGCUUCCCAAGGGUUAG